AUGGACAAUGCGAGAAUGAGCGCCUCCUUCCUGGAGCACCCCGUCCUCAACGCAGGAGACUCGGGGACCUGCUCCGCCCGAGCCUACCACCCCGACCAUGGGAUUACAACUUUCCAGUCGUGCGCGGUCAGUGCCAACAGCUGCGGGGGAGACGAUCGCUUCCUGGUGGGCAGGGGGGUCCAGAUGAGUCCCCCCCACCACCCUCACGCCCAUCACCACUACCCCCAGCCGGCCGCCUACCAGCACCUCAACAACCUGGGUAUGUCUUAUUCCCACUCCAGCUGUGGCCCGGGGUUCGGAUCGCAGAACUUCGGCGCAGGUUACAGCCCCUACUCAUUAAAUCAGGAAGCAGAAGUAAGCGGCGGGUACCCCUCGUGCGCUCCCGCUGUUUACUCUGGGACUCUCUCAUCUUCCAUGGUCCAGCAUCACCACCACCACCACCAGGGUUAUGCCGGGGGCACGGUGGGCUCGCCUCAAUACAUUCACCACUCAUAUGGACAAGAAGCGCAGAAUCUGACCCUGGCAAACUAUAAUAACUCCUUGUCCCCUCUCCAUGCCAGCCACCAAGAGACCUGUCGCUCUCCUUCAGCAGAGACGUCGCCUCCAGCACAGACCUUUGACUGGAUGAAAGUCAAAAGGAAUCCCCCCAAAACAGGGAAAGCUGGUGAAUACGGGUACAUUGGCCAACCGAACACAGUGCGCACCAACUUCACCACCAAGCAGCUUACUGAGCUGGAAAAGGAAUUCCAUUUCAACAAGUACCUGACGCGGGCCAGGAGGGUGGAGAUCGCGGCCUCGCUGCAACUCAACGAGACCCAGGUGAAGAUCUGGUUUCAGAACCGCCGCAUGAAGCAAAAGAAGCGAGAGAAGGAGGGCCUGCUGCCCAUCUCGCCCACCACCCCAUCGCGGAGCGAGGAGAAGGCCGAGGAAUCCUCAGACAAAUCUACCUCCUCGCCCUGUGGGCCCUCUUCCCCAGCCUCCUCUACCUCAGACACUCUGACUACCUCCAACUGA